AUGAAUCCUAAUAGUCCCGUGGCGGAAAGGCUGCUUCGUGUGAUUCAUUAUGUCUACUUAAGAGGUAUCAAGCCAAAAAACGGAGUAUAUAAGAAUGAUGGCAUAUCAGUCCAUUUGAGUCUGGCCGAGCCGACUUGCCGUGAAUUUGAAUAUGGAAUCACAUAUCUGGACCGACUUGUUUCAAAACUCGGGAGAGAAGGAAGUUGUUUGAAUAGUGGCCGGCUUAUGACGUCUAGUAUUGAAGAAAUGGUGAAGAAGGUAGAGGAGACGUUGAGUUGCGGCAAGGCUGUUUCAGAGGCGAAUGGGUUUGUAAGGGAAGAUAUAGAGUGGAGAAUUUUGGGCUUGUGGAAGUCUCUCUUUGAUAAAGCAGCCAACGAAGCAACACAGACUAUGAAAGUAAUAAAGUAUAGGAUUCUUCUUGACCUGUUUCUCCCUCUACAUAACGAACUAGCACCACCUUAG